AAUAUCACUCUCCACUCCUGACACCAUGACCCACACCUGUCAGCCAUGCUGCUGCAAGACCACCUCCUGUAGGACCACCAGCUCUGAAUCCAGCCCUGAAUCCAGCUGCCCUGUGUUCAUCUGCUGUGUCCCGAGUUGCUGCAGCACACCCUGUUGUUGCAAGUCUAUCUGCUGCCACAGCACCAAGACUGUCAACAGCUGUUCCCAGCUGUGCUGUCCACCAACCUGCUGUGACACUGCCUCCUGUGACAGCAACUGUUGCAAGCCAACCUGUGUGACCAUCUGCUGCCUGCCCAUCUGUUGCCAGCCUAGCCUCUCCCAGCUCUGCUGCCAACCAACUUGCUGUGAAACCAGCUGCUGCAAGACCACCACCUUUAAACCCUCCUGUGUGAUCAUUGGCUGCAGCACACCCUGCUGCCAGCCCUGCUGUGUGUGCCCACCUGACGCUGAUGACCAGCUCCCAAAAAAUGCCUGCAAAGCCAUGCUCCUGUGAGAGUGGCAUGCCCUGUGUGCUCAAAGCCACCUCUUAACUAUUGCUGGCCAACUUCAGGUUCUCACCAGGGGACCUGACAAAUGUACAGUCUGACUUAAGAGAUGGAACGAUUAGUGGAAGGAUGGAGUCUCCUCAUCUCCACAGAUUAUGAAUCUUGUCCUGUCAUCAUGGCUGCCUGUUGUGAAGGUCUGGCGUCAGUUUCAGGUUGGAGCCAUGCUCUUUAUAUUUCUCAACAAACAACUUACAAAAACACUUCCCUAUAAGAAUAACUUUAUUUAAACUGUUAUCUUCUCAACUGUAUUUUCUUCUGAGUCACUCCAGAUUUUUAUGUACCAUUUUCUUCUUCCUGCUCACUUAUGAGCUGUGUACUUAGCAGCAAGUAAUUUUAAUAAACUCUGUGCUCUCAUUC